AUUUCAGACGAGAUGCAAAGUUACUUCCUACAAAGGCUUCUCAAACCGCUUCACCGCCAAGAUCCGCGCAUAUUCAGCCCGACCUAUAACUGACUGCUUUCGAAAGGAAAUCACCAGAAUCGUCGAGCGGUCGUUAAUAAACGGGAGCCUGCUGGAUGCAGUUUGAGAGUUUUGUAAAGAUUGCAGAUGAAGUUGCUCGUAUUUAAGCCGACACAUACAGGAAACGAGACAAAGAGCGCCUCUGAUACAGAACUGAAACCUGCGCCGAUGAAGCUUUGACAGAGCCAUGUCCCCCGGGUGUCCUGUGAACUGAGGCGAUGGAGAGCUCGUCCUCCACAGUGAGGCGGCGAGCCUGGAUCAACAGCAGCCGUCAGUGGGUCACUUUUGAAGACCCUGAAGGGCCUCUGUGCCCGCUCCCAUCUGCCUCAAUAGCGGACGAUGAUGUGUUCUCUGAUGGAUGCCUUACGGGAAAGAUUGAGAACUGGCUUCUCGGUUGUGGGUCAGACGCCUGCUCAGAGAACAGCGGUCAGCUGAGUUUUGAGUCUGUGCUCCAAGCUGGUAACUUUGCUGAUGACCUAAAACUUGGAGCAGAUGCUUCUGUGGUAGAAGGUGGAGAUGUUACACCUGAGCCUGGAAGCUUGGCGCGACAGCCGUCCUUCAGACAAAAGAGCAGGCUCACCAGCACCCCACGUCAAGGACUAUGUUUGCCAUCAAUGAACUUGGGCCACAGCAUAACUUCCAGCUGCUUCUCCGCCUCAACCUGGAAAAGUACAUCGACUAUAUCAGAUGUCCUCGAGUUGUGUUCAGAGGAUGCAGAGGAGACUUUGUAUGAGCUGGGUUUUGGCUGUGAGGAGCCACAGGUUACUGUUCGCAUCCCUCCUCGCUUCUUCACCUUUCCUUCUCAGGCUCAGGGCAUCAACUUCCGACUCUUCCUAGACUCACAGAUACGGCGGAUAAGAGAAGAAGACCCCAGCCUCUCUCUUGCUAGUCGUUUCAGACAGGUUCAAGUGCUGACAGCAAUGGCCAACGCUUUCUAUUCCCUGUACUCCCACGUGUCCCGCACUCCUCUCCAGAAACUGUCCACACCGGAGUUUACCUUCUCUUCCCCUGUGCAGAGGAUCGAACGAUUCAGAAGCAGCAUUCGAAGUGAGCCACGCUCUCCGGUGGAGAGGCUGAAGGACACUGUCAAUAAGAUGUGUCUCUACACGGGCUCUCCCCGGGGGUCUGACUCCACCUCUCCACAGCCUUCACCCAGGAAAAGGUCCAGCCUCCCAGAAGUUGUGGAUAUAGUGUGGAAAAACAAGAGUGGAGUUAACAAGAAGCUGGAUUUGGAGGAAUGUAAUAGCAAUAAUUCAGCUAUGGAUGUUAACCAGAUCGCAGACGGUGAAAAUGGGCUGGAAACUCAACAGUCAACGAUGGACAGGGAGAUUCUCGAGGACAGAAAUAAAACCUGUGAAACGGAAAUGGGGGAUGAUAAUAAGCAGCCAAAGGAUGUUGACUCUGGUGAAAAUGACUCCAUGACUCAGAGUGUAAGAACAUCUGUUGCGUCAUCAUUAUCAGAAGAAACUGUCAUAGAAACCAACUCCGAAUCACUUUCCUGUCAGCCAGAGCCAGACUCAUGUUUGACACAAAGUAACAAAAGGACAGCUGAACUAAAGCCUGUUGCCAAGGUUACAUACGAUUUAAUUUGCCCCCAGAUAGUCGAGAGUGUACACCGGGCACCUUUUUGCAGUCAAAGGACACACAGUCCAGACAGUUUGACUCCCUCAGAGAGAGAAAGCACAGAUAAAUCCUGUUCUAUAUCACACAAAGUCAGUCUACAAGCCUCUGUGACAAAGUCUAACCUGAAUCCACACACAGACGACGUUGCCUCUUCAGGUGAGGCCACGCGGGGGGAUGCAUCUAGAUCACUUCCUGUCUCGGAACCCAGUGGUAACACUCAUUACUGCAUAACUGUGACUGGCUGGGAAGGCGAUGAUGUGCCUUGUUCUUCUUUGAAAACAUCAGAUUCCAGUCAUGCUUCGCAUGGUUUAUAUGGUGAGAAAAAGUCUCCUUCAGAGAAGCAAGGACAGUAUCUUUAUCCUCUGAUGCAUCAGAGCCUGGGCAAGCUCUCCAGUAACCUUCAGCAGGUUAAUUCCUUUGAGCUGGAAGAGGUGCAUAGUGCAGGAGAAGAAGACUUGGGACAGUCAGAAAGUCCAAGAACUACAACCUCACCAUUUUCAAAAGACCAUCAAUACAAAGGUGAAGUGGUCCGCGGUGACAGUAUGCAGUCGGACAGCAGCGGCUACGCGGACGAAGAAGUCAGCCCCUCAUCAGACAGACACAGCAGAUGACAGAAAGCUCAUGCCAACAGCAUGUACGGCAGUGCUUGCCUUCACUGAAUCAGAGUUUGUGAAACUCUGGCGAGGACUUUCUAUCAAAAUAAAAUCAUCGUACUGUAAGACUUGCUCAUUUCACGAUUUUAGAGUUUUUUUCCAGUGAGAAUAUUUUUGAACAAAGUAUUAAGUUUUUCCAUUGUGCUCAUAUUUAACAGAGAUUAUUGUAUUGUUAAUAAGUAGACAGUGGAAAAUAUUUUAUUUAAAUUGCAAUCUAGUCAUAAUACAGGUGAAAGGCUGCAUUCCUGUGGAGCUAACAUUUUACUUCCAUUUAUUGUUUUUGUAUCACAGCAGAGGAGUAUUACAAGUUUAAUUUCAGCAUCACCAUUAGUUUCAUGCACCUUGAAUUCAAUGUCAGCGUGAAUAAAAUCCAUCCUGCAUUGAGCGACA